CAAAGGCAAGCGAAUGGCCAUCAAUGGAAGAAGUGGAAGUGACACUAGCUGUUGCAUUGGAGCUGGAGGAGAAAGCUGAUUCUGUUAUGGAGGCUGUUAAUCAUAACGGUGGCUUGGUGUAUGAAGUGGUACUAUGUUGUCUAUCUAUUGGUGAAGAUGAUCAAGUCCCAUGCCAAGAGACAGAGCUAGACAGUGGCUCCCAAUGGAAUAACUUCUCAGUCGAAAAUGCACCAUUUCUCUAACAAACAUUGACAAGGAUAUUAUGUCAAAUGUCAGUAAUAUUAGUAAAUCAGUAGAAAAGGCAUCCUUUUUUUUUUCUUGACAUGACAAAGCCAUUUUUUCCAUUAGUAUGAAUUCAAGUUGUUAUAUGUUGGGGAGAUAAACGACUUAGUUGCUCCAUUACAUGUUUUGACAUCACAUUGAAAUCAAAAGAUUAGUUUAGU